AUGAGUAGGAGGUGGAUACAAAACCCGAAGAGGUGUGCAGAUGAAUAUUUGGAUGGAAUCGAGGAUUUUAUUGCCUUUGCACGGGCACACAACCCGGGUGCAACUAGAAUCCGUUGUCCUUAUCGGAGGUGUAACAACACGUUGUGGGAGACAAUUGAAAAUGUUCAAUUUCAUUUGAUAAGGAAUGGAAUGAUUAAGACAUAUAGCACUUGGACCUAUCACGGGGAACAAUUAGACAUUGCUUCGUCUUCAAGGGCCACAAGAGUGGAGAAUGUUGAACCUAUUGUGGAUCAUAAUGAACAAGUCAUGGAUAUUCUAAAUGAUGCUUUUCCAUUUGCAUCGACAAGUAGCAAUCAGGAGGGGGAAGAUGACGUGCCUACAUCAAUGGACAGUGCAGACUUCGAACAGUAUGAAAAACUGUUACAAAAUUCCAACCAAGAUUUAUACCCGAGGUUGCAGCGAUUGUAUAUGUCGACGCAUACUGCCACAUAUAUGAGAUGGCAUAAUGAAAAACGGGUAGAUGACGAUGUGAUGCGGCAUCCUGCAAAUGGGGAAGCAUGGAAAGAGUUCGAUCGAACGUUCCCUAAGUUUGCUGCUGAUCCCCGAAAUGUUAGAUUGAGACUUGCCACUGACGGAUUCAAUCCGUACGGGGUUCUAAACCAACACCAUAGCACUUGGCCGAUUUUUGUAUUCCCAUAUAAUUUGCCUCCUUGGAAGUGCAUGAAAAAGGAAUAUAUGAUGAUGACUGUUUUGAUAACUGAGGAUCCCGGCAGGUCAAUCGAUGUUUACUUACGGCCGUUGGUUGAUGAGCUCAAGGAUUUAUGGACAAACAGUAGCACGAAGGGUUAUAUGGCAUGCCCUAUAUGCAAGGAAGAUGUGACUUCUAGUUGCGCCAGAAAAGUUUGUUACCUUGGUCGUCGGAGAUGGUUGCCAUGGGACCACGGGUGGCGGGAAAAGGAUAAAGAGUUCGACGGGAAGAAAGAGCAUGGCCUUAGACCUAGAGAGUGGUCCGGGGAUGAGAUCUUAGAACAGCUUAACCGUUUGGAUUUUGCUCCAUUCGGGAAAACAGUGAAUAAGUUGAAAUCAGAGAAUUCCCACAUUUACAGUGAAGAGUUAUAUAACUUGGCAUUUGGCCCAAUUAGCACUGAAUUAUUCUCGGGUUGCAAUGUUAACGGCAUCAAAUUUUUGGGGACUACAAGAGAUGACAAGUUGUGUACGCAAAACAGCGGUGUCCAUGUCCCAGGUGGAGGUGAAAGUACGGACAUUGAUUUCUAUGGCAAACUCACAACUGUCGUGCAAUUGCUUUACAAGGACCGAUACCAAAUUGUUUAUCUAGAUGACCCUAAAGCCGGACACGGUUGGAAAGUUGUUCAGCAGAUGGAUCAGAGGAAUGUGUAUGCUAUACCAAAACUAGACCCAUCUGACAAUGACGUCGACGUUGUUGACCAACAUUUGGAAUCUUCCAUGAAAAAUGUUGCACAAACACUUCUAGAUUCAAAUGUUAUACAAGAACCGUUUCAGCUUCAAGGAGUGUCUUCAAGAGAAAUACCGAUUCAUUCAAUUACAAUUGACCUCGGUGAUCUUCCACAAUACGAUCCAACCGUGGGCCCAAACUGUAACACCCCGACUCUAUUUAAAAGUAUGUUCCUCGGGAUAACUGUAAGAUCGUGUAGGAUUCGACAGAUCGUAAAACGGAGUCCCGGAUACUCCGGAAAUGCCAACCCUAGGGUGAGGGUUUCAGUAACCGUCCAAUUGUGCGAUCGUGAGCGGUCUAACCGUCCGUUUCGGACCAAACCUACAGGACGUGUAUCCUAG